GCUGGCCUCUGGGCUGGCAGUGGGGUCUGGCCCUGCCUGUCCUUCCGGCCCCCCCAGCACUGCGGGUGGAGGCCUGUGUGCAGCUCCCAGACACCUGCUAGAGAGGCAGCCGCUCACCGGGACUGACCAAGGGGUGCAGCUGGGACCUCAGCCCAUGGUCCAGGUGGAGUUCUACGUCAACGAGAACACCUUCAAGGAGCGGCUCAAGCUCUUCUUCAUCAAAAAUCAAAGAUCCAGCCUGAGGAUCCGGCUGUUCAACUUCUCCCUGAAGCUCCUCACCUGCCUGCUCUACAUCGUCCGCGUCCUGCUUGAGGACCCAGCGCUGGGGAUCGGAUGCUGGGGCUGCCCAAAGCAUAAUUAUACCUUCAAUGGCUCAUCCUCCGAGAUCAACUGGGCUCCCAUCCUGUGGGUGGAGAGGAAGAUGGCUCUGUGGAUGACCCAGGUCAUCGUGGCCAUAAUCAGCUUUCUAGAGACGAUGCUUCUCAUUUACCUCAGCUACAAAGGCAACAUCUGGGAGCAGAUCUUCCGUGUCUCCUUCAUCCUGGAGAUGAUCACCACACUGCCCUUCAUCAUCACGGUGGGUGACCAGAGCCCCAGAGCGCGGUGCCCGAGCCCCCAGCCCCCUGACCGGCCUCCUCCACAGAUCUUCUGGCCACCACUACGGAACCUGUUCAUCCCUGUGUUUCUGAACUGCUGGCUGGCCAAGCACGCGCUGGAAAACAUGAUCAACGACUUCCACCGUGCCAUCCUGAGGACACAGUCAGCCAUGUUCAACCAGGUCCUCAUUCUCUUCUGCACCCUGCUGUGCCUGGUCUUCACAGGGACCUGCGGCAUCCAGCACCUGGAGCGAGCUGGCGAGAACCUGUCCCUGCUGACCUCCUUCUACUUCUGCAUCGUCACUUUCUCCACUGUGGGCUACGGCGACGUCACACCCAAGAUCUGGCCGUCCCAGCUGCUGGUGGUCAUCAUGAUCUGUGUGGCCCUCGUAGUGCUCCCACUGCAGUUCGAGGAGCUCGUCUACCUCUGGAUGGAGCGGCAGAAGUCGGGGGGCAACUACAGCCGCCACCGGGCCCAGACGGAGAGGCACGUGGUCCUGUGCGUGAGCUCCCUCAAGGUCGACCUGCUCAUGGACUUCCUCAACGAGUUCUACGCCCACCCCCGGCUCCAGCAGGACUAUUAUGUGGUCAUCCUGUGCCCCACCGAGAUGGACAUCCAGGUACGCAGAGUCCUGCAGAUCCCCCUGUGGUCCCAGCGGGUCAUCUACCUCCAGGGCUCUGCGCUCAAGGACCAGGACCUCAUGCGAGCCAAGAUGGACAACGGGGAGGCCUGCUUUAUCCUCAGCAGCAGGAACGAGGUGGACCGCACAGCAGCGGACCACCAGACCAUCCUGCGAGCCUGGGCCGUGAAGGACUUUGCUCCCAACUGUCCCCUCUACGUCCAGAUCCUCAAGCCUGAGAACAAGUUUCACGUCAAGUUCGCCGACCACGUGGUGUGUGAGGAGGAGUGCAAGUUCGCCAUGCUGGCCCUCAACUGCAUCUGCCCGGCCACCUCCACCCUCAUCACGCUGCUGGUGCACACGUCCCGUGGCCAGGAAGGACAGGAGUCGCCGGAGCAGUGGCAGCGCAUGUACGGGCGCUGCUCGGGCAACGAGGUCUACCACAUCCGCAUGGGCGACAGCAAGUUCUUCCGCGAGUACGAGGGCAAGAGCUUCACCUAUGCCGCCUUCCAUGCCCACAAAAAGUACGGCGUGUGCCUCAUGGGGCUGAAGCGGGAAGAGGACGAGAGCAUCCUGCUGAACCCGGGGCCGCGGCACACCCUGGCGGCCUCCGACACCUGCUUCUACAUCAACAUCACCAAGGAGGAGCACUCGGCCCUCACCUUCGCGCAGGCCGAGAAGCGGCCAAGAGGCGCCCUCGCUGGCCGGGGGCUCCGCCCGCCCGUGCACAGGGCCAUCGCCUCCGUGGGGACGGUGGCCAUGGACCUCCAGAACACGGAGUUCCAGCCCUCGCAGAGCGGCGGGGGUGGCGGGGGUGGCAAGCUGACACUGCCCACGGAGAACGGCUCGGGCAGCCGGCGGCCCAGCAUCGCACCCGUGCUGGAGCUGGCCGACAGCUCAGCCCUGCUGCCCUGCGACCUGCUGAGUGACCAGUCAGAGGACGAGGCAACGCCCUCAGAGGAAGAGGGGCUCUCCGUGGUGGAGUACGUGAAGGGCUACCCCCCCAAUUCGCCCUACAUCGGCAGCUCCCCGACCCUCUGCCACCUCCUGCCCGUGAAGGCCCCCUUCUGCUGCCUGCGGCUGGACAAGGGCUGCAAGCACAACAGCCACGAGGACGCCAAGGCCUACGGGUUCAAGAACAAGCUGAUCAUCGUCUCGGCGGAGACGGCCGGCAACGGGCUGUACAACUUCAUCGUGCCCCUGCGGGCCUACUACAGGUCGCGCAAGGAGCUCAACCCCAUCGUGCUGCUGCUCGACAACAAGCCCGACCACCACUUCCUGGAGGCCAUCUGCUGCUUCCCCAUGGUCUACUACAUGGAGGGCUCCGUGGACAACCUGGACAGCCUUCUGCAGUGCGGCAUCAUCUACGCGGACAACCUGGUGGUGGUGGACAAGGAGAGCACCAUGAGCGCGGAGGAGGACUACAUGGCGGACGCCAAGACCAUCGUCAACGUGCAGACCAUGUUCCGGCUCUUCCCCAGCCUCAGCAUCACCACGGAGCUCACCCACCCUUCCAACAUGCGGUUUAUGCAGUUCCGCGCCAAGGACAGCUACUCUCUGGCUCUUUCCAAACUAGAAAAGAGGGAGCGAGAGAACGGCUCCAACCUGGCCUUCAUGUUCCGCCUGCCCUUUGCCGCCGGCCGCGUGUUCAGUAUCAGCAUGCUGGACACGCUGCUCUAUCAGUCCUUCGUGAAGGACUACAUGAUCACCAUCACUAGGCUGCUGCUGGGCCUCGACACCACGCCGGGCUCCGGCUACCUCUGUGCCAUGAAGAUCGGCGAGGACGACCUGUGGAUCCGCACCUAUGGCCGCCUCUUCCAGAAGCUCUGCUCCUCCAGCGCCGAGAUCCCCGUCGGCAUCUACAGGACCGAGUGCCACGUCUUCUCCACCUCGGAGCCCCAUGAGCUCAGAGCCCAGUCCCAGAUCUCGGUGAACGUGGAGGACGGUGAGGACACACGGGAGGUGAAGGGGCCCUGGCAUGCACGGGCGGGCACCGGCACCGGCAGCACCCAUGGCCGCCACGCAGGCGGCGGCGACCCCGCGCAGCACCCGCUGCUGCGGCGCAAGAGCCUGCAGUGGGCGCGGAGGCUGAGCCGCAGGGGCCCCAAGCACGCGGGGAAGGCGGUGGCCACCGAGUGGAUCAGCCAGCAGCGGCUCAGCCUGUUCCGGCGCUCCGAGCGCCAGGAGCUCUCCGAGCUGGUCAAGAACCGCAUGAAGCACCUGGGGCUGCCCACCACCGGCUACGAGGACGUAGCAAAUUUAACAGCCAGUGAUGUCAUGAAUCGGGUAAACCUGGGAUAUUUGCAAGACGAGAUGAAUGAUCACCAGAACACCUUCUCCUACGUCCUCAUCAACCCCCCACCCGACACGAGGCUGGAGCCCAAUGACAUCGUGUAUCUCAUCCGCUCUGAUCCCCUGGCCCAUGUGGCCGGCAGCACCCAGAACCCCAAGAGCAGCUGCAGCAACAAGCUGUCAUCCUGCAACCCCGAGACCCGCGACGAAACACAGCUCUGAGCCAACCCCGCAGGGGCCCAGGCCACUGGACAGUCUGCGCCCCCAGGAGGAUGUCAGGGGUGUGUGGGGACAUGGUCCUGCUGGCUUGGCCGGGGGUAGCCUCACGCCACUCUCAGUGGCUCCAGAGACUCGACCCCAGAGAGGAGACCCUCACACCGGGUGAGGGACGAGACCACCCCCGGCACCGCUGAAAGCUGGCGGGAAGCACUUUUUAACCUAUUUUUACAAAUCUAUUUGAUCCAUGUCUCUUUACACAAAUAUACCGCAACUCGUGA